AGUAGUCGAGCCCUUUCUCUAAAGACAGCAAGUAAUACAAUAACAACAUUACCAACUGGUUAACAUACUCACCAUCACAAAGCGGAUAGACCAUGUCAUACCUUACUUACACGAUUUUACUUGCACUGUUUCAUCAACAAAUUGCGUCAAAAGCGGUUCCUGCCACCGCUGAAAAUAAUGGAACAAGUGUUUCAAACUCAUCCGUGUCUGACUACUUUAUGUAUUUCGCUUAUGGAAGUAAUCUGCUGAAGGAAAGACUACAGCUGAAGAAUCCAUCCGCGGUUUUUGUUACAACUGGCAGUUUGAAGGAUCAUGUGAUUCAAUUUGGAUACUGGAAGAAAGAGUUCAACAACACCAACUCUUGGCAUGGUGGUGUUGCUACUAUAGAAGAGUCCAAGGGAGAUGUGGUCUGGGGAGUGGUCUGGAAGAUGGACAAGGACAACCUCAUCAGUUUAGACAAGCAGGAAGGAGUGGGAAUAGGAUUCUACAGUCCACUAGACGUUACCAUUAACACAGACGAGGGAGAGGUCCUCUGUCGCACCUACCAGAUGAACAACUUCACAGUUCACCAGACCUCGCCUCCAUACAAACAGGUUGUUUGUCUUGGAGCAAAACAAAACGGCUUACCUCUGGAUUACAUUAAGAAGCUGGAGGCAGUGGAAACCAAUGGCUACAGCGGUCCGUCCAUUUUAGAUGACAUCACCGCGUUGAAACCUGCUGAUAAAGGAAAAAGCUUGUAGAUGGUACCAGAGGAAAGAAAAUGAGAGAGAAAUCACUUAAUGUAACAACCUUAGAGGGAAAUUGACACAAGACUCAGUUGUCUAAGUUCAAAUGUCCCUGUUGUACUUUUGUUGCAACAACCAGCUUAAGUAAAAAUGCAUUAGAGUAAAUUUAAAAAACUAAGUGGCACACUGGUAUAUAUUCCCAAAUGUUCUGUGUAAAAUUUGAGCCAGUCAUUUUAGAUGUGAUACCAAAUAAAUUGAAAAAUGAAUGACAA